UACUGUAUAAGUCGCCAUUACGUUUUGGCUUCAUCUAUUCGCUUGGAAAGUCGCAAUGUGUUGUCUGACCAAGCAUUUUUGACAUUUUAAUUUCGUGAUAGCAAAUGAUUACGAAAUAACGAACAGUCGAAGAUAAGUUGCAAUUUUAUAUAUUACAGGAGGACUGCAUUAACAAAAAUAGAAGAUGGAACAAGAAUCUAGACGUAAAGGUCCUAGGAGUCCCAGUGCUGAUUCGGAUGAUUCAUCACAUAGAAGACGAUCAAGAAAAUAUGAUAGAUCUCCAUCUCCCAGACGAUCCAGAUAUCGAAGAUCUAGAUCAAGAGAUAGAAGAUCACGUUCAAGUUCCAGAGAUCGAAGAAGGAAAGAAACAAAUCGUUCACAACAAGAAUGGAAACAACAAACAUCUUCACAAUCUCAAAGUGCAGCUGCUAAUCCUGCUGGCUCUAGUGGUUAUGUUCCUCCUGUUCAUAAUCAAUAUCAGGCACCUCCACCUCCAAAUACAAGUCAACCACCCCCACCUUUACCUGCAUAUAAUCAAGGAUACAAUAAUUACAACUAUAACUACGGGCAAGGAUACGAUUACAGCUAUCAGCAACCAACUAGUUAUCGCAGUGAUUAUCCUCCACCGAAUUGGCAAGGAAAUCAGGUACCAUAUAACAACCAACAACAACCACCACCACCUCCUACAUUGACAACGCAGCAAGAAUCAACACGAGCUGUGGAUAGUGGAUCUUCUAGUUUAGUAACAUCUUUAGCAAGACCUGAGGAUGCAAAAAAAGAAGCCAUCGCAGCUGAAGUGAAACAACAAAAAGCAACGCUAGCUAAGCAACGUGAGGAAUAUGUCAAGAAAUCGGCAACAUUACAACGUGAGCUGGAGAUUUUACGACAACAAUGUGAUGAGAUUGGUAAAGAAGGUGGCAGAGAGAACAAUCGUAUAAUAAAAGAAAAUCAAAAACUUCAGAUUGAAAUACAAAAUAAAAUGAAGUCAAUACAUAAUGUGAUUGAUAUGCUCACUGGAAUCAUUGGUGAUAAAGCCACAGUAGAUGAUUUAAAAAGCAAGUUUAAAUUAGAAUUGAAUAAACGCUCAAAAAGUCCAAAAGAAGACUUCCCUACAGGAAAGUCUGAUUCACCCGACAGAUCAUCAGUUACGGAUUCCGAUAAAGAAUGUAAAGCUGAUAGAGAAGGUAGAGAAAGGAGAUCUCCUGAAGAUUCUAAACCCAUGUACAAUUUCGUACAUUAUGAUCCAGAAAUGCAUUGGUGCAAAGUUUGCGAUAUAUUCCCUAAAACGGCAAAGGAAUAUUUGAAUCAUCUUCAUAGCAAUGAGCACAAAGAAGUUUGCUUAGAACGCAAGAUAGUUGAUAUGCCAUGGCAUGAGCAGAAUGGAGAAGGAACAGAAAAAGAAGUGCCCUUUUAUCCAGGACUACCAACGAAAAGAACACCAAUCAAAGGACUACAGUUCUUCAGUGCAGCAACUGCAUGGUACUGUAAGCUCUGUAAUUCCUGGAUCGGAGAUCUUCAUUGCGCGAGUUUGCAUCUGAAAUCCAAGAGGCAUUCUGAGAAUUUCUCUCGGUUUGUUGAACAAAAUCCACAUUGGGAAACGGACUGGAUGGCAGAUCGCGAGAAAGCUUUUUCAGAAGAAAAACACAAACAAAUACAAAUGGAAUUACAAAAACAAAAAGAUGAUGAUCCACCACCAAAGUCCAAAAAAUCUAAGAAAAAUAAGAAGAAGUCGAAAAAGUCUAAGAAACGUAGAAAUAGGAGUAGUGCUAGCGAUACGUCUAGCGAAUCAGAGAAUUCAGAGUCUGAUUCCGAUCAAGAUAUGUCCAAGAGUAUACGCGUUGCUAUGAGAAAUAAAAUGAAAGCUUCUACUCAAGCAAUCCUAAAUGAAGAAAUCGAUUAUCAUAGAAUCAAAUUAAAAGGUCAUUGGUCAAAAAAUGUACAAGUUCAUCAAGCAACUACACCAGAACAACAACCUGUAGAAGCAGACGAUCGACAACUUUUAAAUUCAAUCAGAGAUAAACUAAAAGCUAAGCAAGAGGAAGAAAUGAAAUCUAUAAGUAAUAGAACACAAAGUCAAGAAAAAAUGAUAAUGGAAGAAGAAGAAGAAGAACAAGAGCAAAGUAGCUUUUCUAAAAAAUCUGAAAGUUUGGAAGCAUGGGGUCCAAAAGAACCACCAAAACCAUUUUGGAUUAAAAAAGAGGAAGACAAAGUACAACCUCUACCGAGCAAACCAAUCGAAUUACCUAAACCAGAAGAGAUGCCUAAACCACACAUGGGCUUUUGGACGAAACAACAGGUGAAUAUGACUCUUAAACCAUCGGAAAGUAAAGGCACUGAAAAAGAAGAAGAAAGAGAACGCGAGAGAGACAGAUAUAAAGAUGAUCGCGAUCGUAAAUAUGAUAGAAGAGAAGAUAAAUAUGAUCGAUACAGUAGAUAUGACAGAAGACGAGGAAGAGAUCGAGAUAGGGAUAGGGAAAGGGAUCGGGAAAGAGACAGGGAGAGAGAUUAUUAUGAGGAUAGACGAAAGCGAGAUGUAAAUGAAUCACCGAGACGAGAAAGAAGCUGGCGCGACAGUCCAAAAAGAAAUUAUGAGAAAUAUGAUAAGGAUAGAAGAGAUGAUAAUUCGUCGAAUGACGAAUCGAAAUUUGAGAAAAAGACAAAUGAAUCGGCUUCUAAAUCAAAAAAAGGUGGUGUUCAAUCUAAAAAGUCAGCACAGGUGGCAAAGGGUAAAUUACCUUUUAUUGGUAGAUUACCGCUAUUUAAGAAGAAAACCGAAGAACCAAAGUUACCUGAAAAGGAUAUUGCUCCGUUACCUUAUCAACAAAGCAAAUUUGAAGAUACUCCUAAAGUUCCGAAUGAAAUUAUAAAUCCACCGGGAGUAGUACAUAUAACAAAAUUGGCAACACCGGUUAAUUUAAAUAAUAAUGCAAAUCAAGCAAAUAAAACUCCACCAAUGAAGAUAUUAGUUGCCCCGCCUCCACCUGUUUUAAAUGAAUCGAAACCGACGCAACAGGUUGUCGAUAUGGAGAUCGAAGAUCAGUCUGAAGAAACUGUCAUUGAGCAACCAAUGAUAGAGCAACAAAAACAAACACAAAGUACAACAAAAGUGACAGUACCGUCUCAUCCUCCUCCUCCUUUAAAUCGGCCACCACCAUCGUUCCCUUCAAAUCAACAACAACAACAACAACCACAAUCACAACAGCAACCAACGUCACAGGCACAGCCACAGCAACAACAGCAGCAGCAGCAGCAGCCUCAACAACAACAUAUACAAAAUAGGCCGACAUUUACUCCAAGUAGACCUAUGCCACCUCCGUUUAUGUCUACUCCACCGCCGUUUAUGCAAACUGCACCACGUUUCCCACCUCAUCAAGUUUUGCGGCCUCCUAUGCAACCACAUCCGCCAUUCGUUACGAAUCCUCCACCUCAAAUUCAGAAUCCUCCAACCUUUAUUACAAAUCAUCAAAAUCCUCCACCUCCCACGUUACCUUCUGUGGAAACGGUAACUCAUGAUAUAUCGGAUAUACCAGAACCUACCGAGAAACGACCAGAUCCAAGCAUUCCUUUACCUGACGAUUUACAAGAAGCUUUGAAUAUUAUCUUUCCUAAAGAAGAAACAGAGAGUAAACAGCAAAGUCAGCAAGAAAGUAACGUUAUGUAUUCAUCUAUGUAUAGUAUGUUAGGCUGCGUUGGAUAUGGACCAGAAUACAUGGAUCAACCACCGCCCGAGAUAACUCAAGCGGAAGUCGAAGCUGAUACGCAACCUGGGCCUGAUGAUCUAAAGAUGUUAGGUAUCGACGAAGGAGACACAAUUCUAUAACAUUGUUCAUAGAUAAUUUAAUCUUCGCAUUAAAAUACAAAGAUUUUUUAUGAUAAGGCAAGAUUAAGUAAAAGCCAUUCUUAGGUAAAUCACUUUGAUUCAUUGUCUCGUUAUUAGACACUAUUCAGCUAUUCUUUUGCUUUAAGAGUUGCAUUAUGUUGUUCAGACUAAGGAAGAGAAUGUAUAACAAAAUCAGAACUCGAGUGGUUAUUCUGAUAACUCGGCACACGACUAUUUCAUGGAAGAAUUUUAAUCAAUGUCAUUCAUUGUUAUUGAUUAUGUCAUUCCUUGUGAACACAAAUAGAGUUUUCACCAAGAUAA